AUGAGUCUCCAAGUCCUACCCAUGAAGAACAACGCGUUCGAUCACUGGUCUUUCAAGCACUCCCGCGCCGGUGUCGCCUACAACGUGACCUUGAUUCUCCUUUUCUCGGCGUUCCAGUACGUGUGGCUGAACAAUCCCCUGUUGGACACCUUCCGCGAACUUCUUAGUCCUUACAUAAUCAUCUACGCCCACGCCAUGCACGUCCAGAUCUUCGCGACCGUCAUCCUCAUCCUCGGGAAGAACAUCGUCCAGCAGACCACGGCCAUCAAGAUUCUCGAAGAAAUCGGCCGAGCACGGGAAUCCCUCGGUGGUGUCAGAAACAUCCUCAGGGGCAAACAUUGGACGACCUCCAGAGUGAAAAUCGUCGCUGUCGCGUACUCCUCGACGUACCUCCUAGGUGCGAUUUUGUUGGCGACAAACGCGGUUCGCAACGCCAACUUUGUAGAUCCGCUGUUCAUAUUCGCCAAGCUGGUCCACCUGUACUUGAUCGAUGCCUUCGUCGUGCAGUACGUCUUCGUCUUGCUUCUGAUCGAGACAUCCUUCCGACUGAUCAACGACCACCUGGUGGAGUGUGUCGAAGUGUCUUUAGCGGGGAUCUUUGAAAUCAAGGGAAUAAACCCCCACCUGGUGUUGAAGCUGCGCGAAGUACACCUGGUGCUGGUCAAGGUGGCGGAAGACGUGUCGGGCUUCUACUCCCUGCCGAUACUCAUGUGCGUUUCCUUGUACUUUGCAUCGAUGGCGCGCAUCUGCUACAACUUCCUCGGAGCGUUCGUCUUCCUGAGCGCUGACGUGCCGAAUUCGGUCUUGGUUAUUUCCUUGAUGUACCUCCUCAAGGACAUGAUCAUGCUGGUGUUACUGACGACGGCGGUUGACUCGACUGUCAGAGAGAGUAAAAGAACCAAUUGUGUCGUUAGUUCUUUGAUGAACCGGGUGUCGGGUGUGGAGCAUCAGGAUGUUGUUCGGCAAUGGAAUAAAAACAUGGAUUGGGUGCCUGUCAGGGCUGAUGGUAAUAGAUACAUCGGUUUCACUCUGAUGAUAUUUGCAUUUUUUCACCACUACCGGAUCGACAGUAGUAAUAAUUUAUAG